AUGGUCUCCACCAUUGGCAUUGUUCCUUGGGCUCGCCUCCACACCAGAGACCUACAAUGGUUCAUUUUGCCUUUCCAGCGAAGACGCAGGAGCUGUUCCCAGACCAAGGUCAUCUUCCAGCAGAAGUCUCCGCUCACUGACCUGGUGGACGUCUCUGGCGAUAACCAAGGGCGAAGUCUUCAGAACGCCAGAACGGGUGACGGUAACCACGGAUGCCCACCUGCAAGAUCAGUUACUGAAGAAGAUGAAAAGGUGUUCGAAGGUAUCGGGCUGCAAUGCUUUCUUAAGGAUGGGCCAAUGGCGGCCACACAAAGCCAAAGUAUCUCCUGGUCUUUGACUUUGAUGAGGACCAUUGUAAAUGAGAAUAGUGAUGAUUCUGUCGUCCAGGCUGCUCUGAGAAAAAGCUGCCAGAGGUCCAUACGCCACUUCCAGGAAGGCUUCUACAAUGAGUACAUGCAGCGGGUUUUGAAAUAUCUGGGGGAUCAAGGGGUAAAGAUGGCCGACUUCAAAGCAGUCUAUGAAAAGAUUCCCUUCUCUCCUGGCAUGCAGGAGCUCUUCCAAUUCCUCUCUAAGCGCCAGAACCACUUUGAGAUUAUCCUCAUCUCCGAUGCCAACAUGUUCGGCAUUGAAUGUUCCUUGAAGGCCGCAGGGGUUUACUCCCUCUUCCAUAAAAUAUUCAGUAACCCUUGCUUUGACAAGACAGGCUACUUCAUCUUGGGUCCUUACCAUUCACACAAUUGCCCACGGUGCCCUUCAAAUAUGUGCAAACAGAAGAUCCUGACUGAAUACCUGGAAGAAAGAGCUCAGGAGGAACAAAUUGAGAGAAUCUUCUAUGUGGGAGAUGGAGCCAAUGACUUCUGCCCCAUGGCAAUGAAGUCAAGUGAUAUUGCCUUCCCAAGGAAGGGCUAUCCCAUGCAUCAGCUCAUCCAGGAAGUGGAGAAAAACCCACCCGGGGCUUACCGGGCUACUGUAGUCCCUUGGGACUCUGCCAUAGAGGUUCGUUCCCACCUUCAAGAAGUUCUCAAGGAAACAUCCUGAGGGAAAGCCUUGCAGAAGCAGCAAUUUUCCUUGAUUUACCUGCCAUACAGCAUGGAAAGAUCUCAGCAAUUAAUCUUGCACUGCCUCAUGCUUGGCUUCUGCUCUGUUUCCCCCUCUCCCACCCUUUCUCUCAUUGUGCACAGGUCUGUCUCUGGACCUCCCCUUCUUUUAAUCUCCAGAUAAGGGCUCUCUAUGCAGUUUGGCAGUCAUUCCAGGCAGGGUGGGUGGGUACCUGUCGCCUCAUAUCCUUUGCUUGCCUAUGAAGAAAAUGCUGCUGCUGCAUUCCUUAAAAAUUGCUUAUCCAUUUGGGGUACAGAAAAGGCUUCUCUCUGCUACCAAAGCAUAUGAAAGCAGUCAUGGGUCCUGCCUCCUUGAAGAUGACAAUAAAAUCAUCUGCCGUAGAUCUAAAUGGAGCAGGAUUAUGUGUCUGCUAGAUCAGGUUUUAUUUAAUCUAUGAUUUACCCACUCAGCCAUAUACUAUUAAGCCAUAAACCACGGUUCACAGACCAUAGUGGCUGGAUUCGCACAUCAAAACAAAGCAAGUAUUGUGUAAUGUAAAAUAAACUGUUAUCUAUAUUUGCAAAAAUUAUGCCCAAAAAGCGGGGGGGGGGAGUGCUACAAGGUAAUUUCAGUGUAUCAUUGUUGCUGGGCAGGACAUAAUCAUCGAGUCCAAAUACUGAUUUCUUUAAGGGCUCAUUUUAUUGCUGAGAUCAAUACCGUAGGGUAUACAUCCUUAACCUGCUGCUCUCCAAAUGUUUGGCUUCCAUAAUUCUCAGUCAACAUAGCUAAUAACCAGGGUUUUCAAGAGCUAAACUGGGCUGGACAUUGCAGUUCCUUUAUAAGGUGCCAGAAUUGGCAGGGCGACUUUUAGCCAAGCAAAUUUAAGAGAAAACAAGAGAAGACUCUUGCCACAGUAGGAUGUUGAUCAGUCAUCUAGAACACAGAGGUCCCGACCCUCGGCUACGGCCCACUACUAGGCCUUGAGCCUUUUGGAACCAGGCUGCGGAAGUAGUGGGCAAGUGUGGAAUCCUCUCCUCUCCCCCCCACUGCCACUCAGCAGAGCUGAAAAGGUUGGGGAAGUCUGAUCUAGAAGAGCCUCAAGGAAGCAUUUCAGCUGCUCCAAAAGAAAUUGCUAUCUAAACGAGGCAUGUGGUGCUGCCUAUUUGAUGUAUAGAAACAAGAAAACAAAAGUAUUUUAGAUGUUUAGAGAGGGAGUCCGGCUGAGGAAUUCUGGGAAUUGAAGUCACAAGUUGCAAAGUUGCCAAGUUUGGAGACCCCCCGGUGUAGGGAACGUGUUAAAAACAACUAUUGCUGAUGAUAAUCGAUGUACAGCUUAGCCCUUCAGAUGUUGCUAUGCUACACCUUCUUAUAAUAGGCAUGUUACUUGGGGUUGUUUGCAGUUAUAAUUCAGCAGUAACUGAAUAACCACAAUUCCUGACUCCUGACUUUAGAAAUGUAGAAAGCAGGAGACUACAAGAAACUACAUGGAAAAAAUCUGCUAUUCUGUAUGUAUUUCCCAUUCAUCCAUUAAUUACCCUGUAAUUUCAGAUCUAACUUUGGACUUUUUCCCCCUCUGUUCUAUUCAAAUAAUACUGCAUAUACUCCCGGAUAAAUUGGAGGCAGAGGGAUAAAGAGAAAUGGUCUUCUGGAGAAAAUACUUCCCAGCUUGCUAACAAGAUGUCCAGGUUGAAUGAUGGUGCCUGCAUCAUGGCUUCCUAAAAAUGAUUCAGGGAGCUUUAUAAGAAUGAAUAUGUUAACUAUGCUAAACUUUGUAUUUCAUGUUUGCUCAGGAAAAGGAAUACAAUCACUAUGCGAUUAGUGACCAUUACGGCGGUAUGGGAUCAAGUUUAGAAAGAGAAGUCAGUGGAACAUGCUCAUCCAGACAAACUACAGUCAUAACACUGCCACAACAGACACACAACAGUUAUGCACUAAAUUUCAAGAGGUUGACACAACCAUAACACACCUAGAUUAUACCUUUUUUUUUGUGCAACACUGGAACAGGGUUCCACUGAAUUAUGUUACUGUAUUGCUGCCAGAAUAAUUUCCAUUUAUUAAAAUUGAGCAUUUGACUUUUCUCUCCCAAUGUUUUGUACCCCAAAACUCCAGGACUUCCCCUUGGCUUGAAAUGUGCUUGCCAUCUUGGAUUCAUAACCAAACCAGCAGACUGUUUGCCCAUAUCUUCUUUUAAAAUGUUUUAUUUGUAAUGCUCUCUUGGUCUGUAUUCCUCUGCAAAUAUCCCAUAUUCUUUUAUGUUGUAUUCCUUUCUGCUUGUUAUUUUGGAAUUUAAAGCCAUGGCAACUCUUUUAUAAGCACACACACACACACAAACACAUCAUACAAAAAAUACCUUGCAAAUAUUAAAUGUUAUCUUUUGUAUACUCAGCUGACACAAAUUGCUUAUAAAGUAUAUUCAAUAUCUA